AUGCUGCAGGAUAAGGGCCUGUCCGAGAGCGAGGAGGCCUUCAGGGCCCCGGGCCCAGCUCUCGGGGAGGCCAGCAACACCAGCACCACCAACGCUCCCGAACCCGCACUGGCCACGCCGGGCCUUAGUGGAGCAGCGCUCAGCAGCCCACCGGGCCAGGGCGCCGACGUCACCGCCUCCGCCGCUGCCGCCGCGGAGCAGACCAUCGAGAACAUCAAGGUGGGGCUGCAUGAGAAGGAGCUGUGGAAGAAGUUCCACGAGGCAGGCACGGAGAUGAUCAUCACCAAGGCCGGCAGGAGGAUGUUCCCCAGCUACAAGGUAAAAGUCACAGGCAUGAACCCCAAGACCAAGUACAUACUUCUCAUCGACAUCGUCCCCGCAGACGACCACCGCUACAAGUUCUGUGACAACAAAUGGAUGGUCGCAGGGAAGGCUGAGCCGGCCAUGCCAGGGAGACUUUAUGUGCACCCGGAUUCUCCUGCCACGGGGGCUCACUGGAUGCGGCAGUUGGUCUCUUUCCAGAAGCUGAAGCUGACAAACAACCACCUGGACCCCUUUGGCCAUAUCAUCCUCAACUCCAUGCAUAAGUACCAGCCCAGGCUGCACAUCGUUAAGGCCGACGAGAACAAUGCUUUUGGCUCCAAAAACACAGCCUUUUGCACCCACGUGUUCCCAGAGACCUCCUUCAUCUCUGUGACCUCCUACCAGAACCACAAGAUCACCCAGCUGAAAAUUGAGAACAACCCUUUUGCCAAGGGAUUCCGGGGCAGCGACGACAGUGACCUGCGUGUGGCCCGGUUGCAGAGCAAGGAGUAUCCCGUGAUCUCCAAAAGCAUCAUGAGGCAGAGGCUCGUUUCCAGCCAACUCUCGGCUAAGCCGGAUGUCAGCCCCCUGCACAGCGCACACCAGGCCCUGCAGCACUACCAGUAUGAGAAUGGGGCCCACAUGCAGUUUGCUGCUUCAGAGCCCCAGGACCUGCCCCUUAACACCUUCCCAACGCAGAGGGACUCCAGCCUCUUCUACCACUGCCUGAAGCGUAGAGACAGUGCCCGCCACCUGGACUUGCCCUGCAAGCGAUCCUACCUGGAAACCCCGUCUUCAGUGGGGGACGAUCACUAUUUCCGUUCUCCCCCUCCCUACGACCAGCAGAUGCUGAGCCCUUCCUAUUGCAGUGAGGUGACCCCCAGAGAAGCCUGUAUGUACUCGAGUUCGGGGCCUGAGAUCGCAGGGGUGUCCGCCGUGGAUGACCUGCCCCCACCCCCACUGAGCUGUAACAUGUGGACGUCGGUGUCGCCAUACACCAGCUACAGCGUUCAGACCAUGGAGACUGUGCCUUACCAGCCCUUCCCCGCACACUUCACCGCCACCACAGUGAUGCCUCGGCUGCCCACCAUCGCCGCCCAGAGCGCCCAGCCACCAGGAAAUGCCCACUUUAGUGUGUACAAUCAGCUAUCCCAGUCUCAGGUCCGAGAGCGGGGGCCCUCUGCUUCCUUCCCUAGAGAGCGUGGCCUCCCUGCGAUGUGUGAGAGGAAGCCACCCUCACCUCACCUGAACACUGCCAACGAGUUUCUCUACUCACAGAGCUUCUCCUUGACCCGGGAGUCAUCCUUACAGUAUCAUUCAGGGAUGGGGACUGUGGAGAACUGGACCGAUGGAUGACGUGACUACCUGUAUCCUUAACAGCCCCAGGACCAUGUCAAUCCAGUGUUAACCUCUGUGGGUGGCCGGCACUGCCAAGAAACAUAGAAAGGUAUUUCAGAAUGGGUGUGUGUGUGUGUAUGUGUGUGUGGUGUGUGUGCGCGUGCUUGAACUUCUACAUACAUGUGGUCAUGUCUUCUGACAUGCAACUGUCUUCUGACAUGCAACUAAGGCCAAAACAAGAAAAAAAAUGCAAUUAUCUAAGAAGUGAUUUUGACUGCAGGAGCUGAGUCCACCAUUAGCUGACAUCUCUUGGCAUGCCCUGGGUGGGAUAGAAGUAGAGGGCUCAGGAGUCACCUAGAGCUUUUUGAAAUAUACUCUGAUUUUACUCAGGGGCCAAGUGAGAUCUCUGUCACAGGGAGGGCCUUUCUUUUGCUUGGGUUGGGGUGGGGUAUCCAUGCUUACCAUAGACUCCCUGGUCUUCCACCAGCAAGGUGAGCUGCCACUUUGGGGAACAGAAGUACCCCCUUCCCUUAGCUUCUGGAGAUUGUGUGAGACUACCUGAGCCUUAGAGUAUUUUGAGAGUGGAGUUGGCCUGGACUUGGAUUCUUGAAGCCCCAGGGUCUGAAGCAUGACUUUCAAAAAGGAGUCAUGCCCCAUCACCUCAUGAUGCGUACAGAGUCCCUCCCUCCCAGUGCCAGCAUGUGGCCUCCCUCUCAGCCUGGGAGACACCGGCUGCAUCCCAGGAUGGGCAGUCAGAUGCCCCUUACCUGGCAGUGUCCCUUGGAGAUCUCACUGGACUGAUGUCACAUGUCAGCUGGACUGGUUCUGCUCCCAGAAAACCUACAUACAUGCCUGGAGCGAGGAUGCCGGCCAGCAGAAAAUGGACAGCUGAGAGAAAGUACUUGAGUGUUCAAGCUCAGAGGAGCAUAUCAUCCCUUCAGAGUGGGGAGGGGUGUAUCCUUGGUCCAUCUGCAUCACAUGUCACCAGAAUGUCAGGGCGGCCAGUAUGAACUCUGGAGAUCACUACACUCUUUGCAUGCUGAAUAGCUAUUUAUAUAUUAUAUAAAUAAAUAUAUAAAUAAAUAUAUAUAUAUCUCACAAAUGCGGGCCACAUGUCAAAUUCAGCUUUGCUUUUUUUUUUUUUUUACAAAUAAACUUACUGAAAACAAAUGCUGAAGGAAGUAUUUGGAAAGACAUCUAUUUAAAUUUUUAUUACGUUUGAUGUUAAAGAUAAAACAUAUAUAUAUAUAUAUAUUAUAAAUGCACACUGCAGAUAAAGCUUUAUUAGAAAACACACUAGCUGACAGGCGGUAUGAAACUUCAAGUGUUUUUGAUAUAUAGCAUGGACAUUUUGUUUUGCAUAUUGGAACAUAAAGCCAUCUUACAACUGUG